AUGUUCGCUCGCACAUCACUCAGAAGCCUUGUUAGGUCGCCAAUCAGUGGCAGUAGUUCAAGAACACUUUCAACGUCCGCCAUCUUACGCGACCAACAAGCACCCGCACAAGUGGGAACAGGCGAACGUAACUUGAUCAAGGAACAAGAAGAACGGGAUGUACAAGCAGUCGAAGCAGAGAUCGUCAAUGAUGCACCCGCCGAAUUGCAACAACGCACAGUACGAAUCUAUAAACCGGCCAAGACAGCAAACUCUUCCGGUAAAGCGGGAACAAGCUUUUGGCGAGUAGAUUUCGACAUUCUAUCGGGAAGUGCACGAUGGGAAAAUCCAUUGAUGGGAUGGGCAUCUUCGGGAGAUUAUAUGCAAGGAACGUUUUUGAAAUUUAGAACGAGAGAAGAUGCUAUUCAUUUUUGUGAAAAGCAAAAUUGGCCUUAUUAUAUUCAAACACCUCAUAAAGCAAGAAUUGGUCCAAAAUCAUAUGCGGCCAACUAUAGUUACUCGCCGGGUAAAUUACGUGUUCAUCACACGAAAUAA